UAGAAAUGUUAAAUGAGAUUGAGAUUGUAGGCCUCGUUUUGAGACCAACAUCGAUGGCCAUGGCCGGCGCAUUGGAGAGGGAUGGUGUAGUUCGUGAUGAGGAAGGUAAUAUGUUUAUCCCAGCCUCCAGGCGGCCUGAUGGGACCUGGAGGAAAGCACGCAGAGUGAAAGAUGGCUACGUCCCCCAGGAGGAAGUGCCGGUGUACGAGAGCAAAGGCACCCAGUUUGUGAAGAACAAGCCCACCCUACCCCCUGGUCUGUUUGUAGAACCUGACAGCAAGCACAACAACCCUGGGUCAGCAGGCAUACCAGGUUUGUCAAAAUCAGCCAAGAAAAAUGCAAAGAGAAAAGAAAAGAAGAAGCAGGAAGCUGGAGACGUGACAUCAUUAUCAAGCUCUUUACAAGAAACAAAGUUAAACGAUAAAGAGAAAGAUGCCAAACCAGAAGUCAAAGUUGAUCCGGCCAAGAGAAUAAAAACUCUAAAGAAAAAGAUCAAGCAGAUAGAGGACCUGCAGGCAAGGAUAGACUCAGGGGAUCUGAAGGAACCAGACAAGGACCAACUGGAAAAGAUUUCUAGAAAACAACAAAUUCUGACUGAAAUUGAAGAGCUGGAGUUGGAUCUGUCUUCAUGAGGAAAAAUGACCUCGAGUAAUGGAUUUUAUGUGGAAGAAAUCUUGAGAUUCAAUUUGAAAGAUAACUAGGUGUGAGAAUGCCAGUGGAUUGUAGAGGUAUAAGAUGGAUACUUAAGAGGAGGUGCUUAUUGUUCCAGGCAAGAUAAGAUGUCUGAUAUUAGGUAGAAAUUACUGUUAAGUAUCAUAAGUAGAUCUUAACAUGCAUCUGGAAGAGGAAUUUUGCAGCAAGAAUAAAGUCAAAAGUAUUUAUGGAAUAAGUGGAAUAAAUAAUAAAAAUAAUUGUUUUUACUGCUAUUGAUGUAUAAGGUGUACAAAUGCUUCACAUUUUUACUUUUAUUUAUAAAUAAAAUCAUGUUUUUACAAGUUU